CCCGCAGCAUGGCAGGGGCCGUGGUGAGCGGAGCACAGGGCCAAACUGGAAGAUCCUUUGGAUGGCUUCUGAUCCUUCAAACAAAUUUCUUCUGGAGCAUGUCAGAAUGGUGUCCUACAUUAGUCAGGACUGUGAAGAAAUUCCAGAAUUCCUAGGAAGAAAAUAUGGACACAUGGCAAAAAGGCUAGAUCUUAGCUUCAACUUGUUAAGGUCACUAGAAGGACUGAAAACAUUCAGUUACUUGGAAGAGCUGAUCUUGGACAACAAUCUACUUGGAAAUGACCUUCUGUUACCCAGGUUACCCCACCUCCAUACCUUAACGCUCAACAAGAACCAAAUAACAGAAUUAGAAAGCCUUUUGGACCAUUUGGCUGAAGUUGUGCCCUCACUACAGUAUCUCAGUUUGCUUGGAAACAUUGCUUGCCCAAAUGAACUGGUCUGCAAAGAAAAGGAUGAAGAUGACUACCAGAGAUACAGAUAUUUUGUCCUGCACAAAUUGACAAACCUGAAAUUUCUCGAUACUCGGAAAGUAACCAGGAGGGAGAGAGAGGAAGCCUUGAUAAGAGGUGCCUUCAUGAAAGUGGUUAAGCCCAAGGAUGCAAAGGCCUCCAGCGCUGCUGCCCCAGCCUCGCCAGAGAUGCACUACACGCCGCUGCCUUCCGGAUCCAGGGACCUCACCAACCACAGAGGCAUUUUGGGGAAAUGUCGCUACAUUUACUAUGGAAAACAUUCUGAGGGCAACAGAUUCAUCCGAGAUGACCAGCUAUAAAACACAGCGCUGCUUUGUGCCUCUUCAGUCCCUCCACAUAAGAAGCACAAAUCACAUCUCCAUUUUAAGCAUGUAACUAAAGUCCUCUAGUGCCUUCUGCUGACUUUGCCAAGCCUGUCAAGAUCAUCCUUCUAUCUUAGUCUGAGUAGUCACAUAGAGAUUGACAUGAUUGCCUUUAAGCAGGUCCCAUCCACCAGUGUGACAGACAGCUGCAGCCGAGCACCCAGCCUGACAGGAGGAGCGCGGUGAUGGAUUGCCUGGUCCGGGUGCUGCUCCAGGAGAGCAGGGUCCCACCUGGGGCCGGACUGAGCCCGCUCCAUCCGCGGCGCCGCCGCGAAAGCACCGCGCUUAUCUCUGCCUGGCCUGUUCAGCCAAAGUGGAUGCUGAUAUCAACGUGUUUAUAAAAGAGAGAGGCUGUAAUUUCAGAUGAAAAAGCCCUUAUCUGUUCUUAUUUUUUUCCCUGUGAAUUAAGUGCUUGUGUUUCUAUCAUCUCAUACAUGCUUACACAAAUCCUUCCACAGUUUGGUAGUGCACCCACCCAACCCCAAAAUGAGCUUAGAUGGAUUAGUUUUUCUUUCAACAGGGAAAAAUAUAUAUUCUGAAAACAUUCUGGCCAUGCAAAGCACUGUCAAUUUGUAUAGAUGUUUAUAUGCAAAGGAAAAGGACUUAAGCAAUUUCCCAGACAAACAAAUUUUUAUAAUUCUUGAAUCACUUCUCAUGGUUUACUAGCUCUUACCUUCAGAAAAGUGAACAUUUCUUGACGUUGUAAAAUAAUGUCAUAGCUUAACUGUUUACACUUGGAAGAAGUCCUCAUUAGUGAUGUUGACAAUGUGUAUUAUUCCUGGUUUAUUGCACAAGCUAUUUUUAACUUUUUGGGAUUAUAUUUAGAAUUAAAUGCUUAAAUUUGGGGAAAAAUGUGCUUAAAAGGAAUUAUAUAAAUCUGCCACCAGAUGGGUGUGGUUAUAAAGGGGGAAAAAAGUCAACAAAAGUAACUGGUGGAACUAACAAAAUUAGCAGGUUUACUGGUAUAUUGGAGAGAUGAGUUCUGAAUAAUCCCUUUUGACUUCUAUGUAAGAAAGGCUAUUGUCCAAUUUUCAGUCAAGAAAAUAAAAAAGCAUGACAGAUUUCCUGCUUUUCUGAUAAAGUGGUUGGACAUAUGUAGAAUCAUUAACUUGUUACUGUGGAGAAAAAUAAUGUCCCAUACUUCACACAUAUAUUGUGUUAAAUUCUACUUGAUACAAUGGGAUUAGCCAAGCAAUAUGCAGAAAUUCUGACCUCUUGGCUGUUCCAAACCCAUUCAUAUUGAUCCCAGUUGAAAGCGAUCAGUGCAUAGCUGUUCUUGGUUUUUUUGAAAUUACUUGGUGGUCUUUAUUCACUU